GCUGUUUGGGGUGAUGUGACUGUGUGUCAGACAUGAAGGACAAUGGCUGUUAAGUCUUGGGAAGCUGACCAACCAAUGGUGUGACUGAAGUGUCCUCCGUGGAUCGUUUCUGCAGCUGACCCUGGAAUUAUCUGGCAUUUGUCAAUUUGAAUAGGAUGAAAGCCAGGUUUUGCUUCUUAUCUGGUCCCUGUGCUUUCUUUCUGUGUCUUCUGUCAGGAGGCACAUGUUCAGAAGCAGAGCAUAAGCUCUUCUCUGUGAUAUUUUCCAACUACAACCAGUACAUACGGCCAGUGGAAAAUGUGUCUGAUCCAGUCAUUGUGCAGUUUGAGGUGUCCAUGUCACAGCUGGUCAAAGUGGAUGAAGUCAAUCAGAUCAUGGAGACCAAUCUGUGGCUGAGACAUAUCUGGAAUGACUAUAAACUUAAAUGGAACCCACAAGAUUUCGGAGGCGUCGAGUUUAUCCGAGUGCCGUCCAACAGGAUUUGGAAGCCAGACAUAGUGCUGUACAACAAUGCAGUUGGAGAUUUCCAGGUUGAUGACAAAACAAAGGCCCUGCUUCGCUACAAUGGCGAUGUCACCUGGAUCCCUCCAGCCAUCUUCAAGAGCUCCUGCAAGAUUGACGUCACAUAUUUCCCAUUUGAUUACCAAAACUGCACAAUGAAAUUUGGUUCAUGGACGUACGACAAAGCCAAGAUCGACUUGGUGCUGAUUGGCUCAACUAUUAACCUCAAGGACUUCUGGGAGACAGGCGAGUGGAUGAUCAUUGAUGCGCCUGGUUACAAACAUGAUAUUAAGUACAACUGCUGCGAGGAGAUCUACACUGAUAUCACAUACUCUUUGUACAUCCGUCGCCUCCCUCUUUUCUAUACAAUCAAUAUGAUCAUCCCAUGCCUCCUCAUCUCCUUCCUCACAGUGCUUGUCUUCUACUUGCCCUCUGACUGUGGUGAGAAAGUAACACUGUGCAUCUCUGUCCUGCUGUCUUUGACCGUCUUCCUCCUCGUCAUCACAGAGACCAUCCCUUCCACCUCGCUAGUGAUACCCUUGAUUGGCGAGUACCUCCUCUUCACCAUGAUUUUUGUCACUCUCUCUAUUGUCAUUACUGUUUUUGUUUUGAACGUCCACUACCGCACCCCGAAGACACAUACAAUGCCCUGCUGGGUAAAGCGUGUGUUUCUUGAACUGCUGCCCAGGGUGAUGUUCAUGACCAGGCCAGAGAGAGAUCCUGAGAAGGUGACUGUGGCUGGCAGUGUUCAGACGAUGCAUUCGAAAUCCUGCGCCAUUCAUUCAUUAGGUACUCUACAAAAGCAGCACAAACCUCAGGCCCUUGCCAACAGUGUGGUGUCAAGUUUAACAAACCGGCAAAGACUUUUCAAUAACACAGAGCUUUCCAAUCUUAAUAACUUGGGUGGAGACUCAACCAAAUGUCCAAGCUCUGGGUUCUUGUGUUGCGAGGGCCGCUGCAACUGCUGCUGGCAGAAGAGAACCGGCAAGUUGCCUGCAGAUUCUGGAGGAGGGAGCGGAGGACUGGGCAGCCUAGGAGCAUUGAGUGGAGGCAGUGCUGUGGGUGUUGGAGUGGGGAGUCAGUGCUCCAGCUCAGAGUCUUUGGAUGGAGGAAUAAUGCCUCUUCUGUCUCUUUCUCCUGAGGUCAGGGAAGCUAUUGAGAGUGUCAAAUACAUAGCAGAAAAUAUGAGACUACAGAAUGAAGCAAAGGAGGUUCAAGAUGACUGGAAAUAUGUUGCCAUGGUUAUCGACAGGAUCUUCCUAUGGGUUUUUGUGCUCGUGUGCAUCCUAGGAACAGCUGGCCUUUUCCUCCAGCCUCUAUUACUUGGGGAAGAUAUUUGAUUCAGUUUGACAAAACUAAUACUCCAGACUGCUCGAGCAUAUGUUUCAUAGAUGCUAAGAAAAAGUUUCAAAGCCAAGUCGAAACUAUGACAAAUGUUGAUGGUGUUUCAGUAGAAGUGUUUCUUUUUAUUCAUAGAUAGUAUUUGACUUUUUUUCUUUUCCUGGUUAUAAAUCCUAUAAAUGGACAUGGCUGCAUUUAAGGUAACUUAUAACUGAAAAUGUUUAAGUGUCUUUAAAAAUGCUAAAAUGUUUCCCAAAGCCAAAGUCAACACAGAGUCAGAUACUCUGAUCAUUCAACAGUUAAGCUUCAACAGAAGUGAAGACUGGGGCACAUUAUUACAUGAAAAUGACAUAACCUUUCUAUAACUGUAAUAUUUUGCAGGCUGUUGUAUUUAGUAGUCUGACUAAAGUGAUGUAUAAUAUCAUGUGUGACAGACUUCUGUGGUUGUUUAUCCUUCUGUAUUUAUCUGAUGUAUGUAGUUAAGCUCUGCUAAUGUUUGUGACUAUUAUAAAAUCAGCUAUAAGAAGUCAAAACAAGCCAGAUGGCUUUAUGACUUGUGGAAUGCUUCAGUCUCAGGAUGAGACUUGAAUGGGAUGCAGCGCUUCACAAGGUACUGUCUACAGAACUGUUUUGCAAUGGACCUGUGAUUUUUGUUUGGAUUGAUAAAUAGUGAGUAAUUAUAUUAACACAGUUAGGUCGA